AUGGCGGCCGACCUCCCAGUCCCAGUCCCAGAGGUGGCAAUGGCGGCCUUGUACAUCGCUCUCGGCUGCCGCGAAGUCCUGAAGCCGGUCCUCCAUUUCCUGGACGCGGCCACCGCGCGCAGCCCUGUCCUCGACAUGGCCGUCGCCGCCAUCCUCCUCACCCUUCCGACGGCCUACCUCUUCGUCGUCGGCGUCAUCCUCCCCGUCGCCCUCCACAUCACGUUGCAGCCGGCUGCGGUCGUCUUCUCCCGAGCGGGUUUCUGGUUGUCCGUUGCUCUGGGUUUCGCGCUUCUGCUUCUCUUUAUUACUGUGCCCCUCGUGGCCUUUCUGUUCCUCACUGCCGAUGGCGCGUAA